ACAUGAGAGGGAAAGAACGAGAACAACGAGGAAAACGUUGUGUAUCAGGAAGUCUAAUAGAACAUUAGCAUUGCCUUUAUUAGCCUCAUGAUGUAUUGGCAUAUAAUGUGAACAUAACUUCCCUUUUGUUUUAAAUAUAAUUUAUUAUACUGUAUGUUUGCCAUGAAUAAUAAUAUCAGUUUCUCUUUCGGAUUAUUUUCAAUUAUUUUAGUAGCAUGUGUGGUCACUGGAACGGGCGUGGUUAAAGACUGUUUUAGUACAACGGUAGAUGACUACAUCGGACAUCAGCAGACGACAGAGAAUGGGACACCAUGCAUAAGAUGGGAUUCUCCCUCCGACAAAAAUACUUACACAAAUGACCAUUUCCGUGAUGCUACUGUAUCAGAUGCAGCCAACUUUUGUCGUAAAGUUGGAAAGAAUAAUCUCUGGUGUUGGACGUCAAACAAUGGCGCUUGGGGCACAUGUGGAAUUGGAAAAUGUGUUAAUGACUUUGUAGAAAAAUGUGGAAAUUUGAAAAUUAAGCAACCAGCUUUACUUGGCAGGAACGUCACUUUUACUUUUACACCGGACUCAUAUGAUUCAAAUGCAAUUCUGGAAUGGCAACGUGCAGCUGAAGGAAACCCAUGGUAUACUCGUCCCUUAACAUACAAGUUCACACAGUAUAAUAAAAAUGGAACAUACUUCAUGGUCUUAAAAGACAGUUUAGCUGCAGACAGUUCAACUACAAAUGACGAAGUUAAUUACCGAAUACAUUAUUACAACGAAAGCAUACGCUGCCGGAUGGAAACAGGAAAACUUGAACUUGAUGGUAAUGCUAUUUCUUAUCAAUGCCAUUUAGAUGGCACAAGUAAGUAAUUAAGAAUUUAGAAAACACAAAAAUGUGAAAGCGAUUUAAGCCAUUUUACAAUUUCAAGGACAUUCAUGAAGUUAUGACUGUAGUCCAUAUUCAUAGUCUUUUAGUUUUAAAUGAGUUGCGGUGCAUAUAUACGGGAUUAUUGGCGUCCGCGCCGAAGCGCGACGCCCCUUAUGGAAUGAAAUCAGAUUUUGUGAAAGGGCAAUUGCUACUUCUCGGGCGUUUUCGUCUGUCAUAAUAGCCGAUCAUUCCGAUUGGUAUGAGGAAAAAU